CACAAAAAAUAAUACUAAUAAUAACUCUGCCAAGUGCCAAGUUAUGUUGGUUAUGUAUCUUUUCAAGUGUGUGAACAACUUUUAUGAUUUAAAAUUUUAAAUGUACCUGUGGAAAAAUAGCAUUUAGGCGGUGGCAACAUUUAAGUUGUGAAGGGAACAUCUGGACUUGACUUUUAACCCACAUAUUCAGAACCGAACUUGAUAUGGAAAUUGAUAGCAAAAGGGCCACUACAAUGCUGGAGGAGUAGACUACAGCAUCAAAAUAGAAGAAAUUUUGAAGCCUUGUUUCUGCCAACUUCCUAAGGUUCCCAAAGGUUCGCCAGCUGUGAAGAACUGAAGAUUGAAUGUUGAAUUCUCUCUAAAAUUGGAAUAAUGUUUCUCAAGCAUUUGUGUUUUUGCCGUUCAAAGCGUGUAAGUUCAUCCCAGAGGAACUAUCCAACAGUAAUAGAAGAGCUAUGCCCUCGAUUUUCUCUGACUGAUAUUAGGAAAUCAACCAAUAACUUUGAUGAAAAUCAAAUACUUGGACAUGGAAACCUUUGUACAGUUUACAAAGGCUGUCUACAACAAAAAGGAACUACCGAUAACACGGUUGCAAUCAAGCGAAUUUACGCGCAUACUGACCGAGAAGUCAGAGAGUUCAAGAAUGAAAUAGAGAUGCUCUGCCAACUUCGUCACCCUAAUUUGGUCACUAUAAUCGGAUUUUGCGACAGCAAAGAUGAGAAUAUUAUUUUGUAUGAGUACAUGGCCAAUGGAGCUCUCCAUGAUCACCUAUACGGUAUUAAAAAAGAACCACUCUCAUGGAAGAUGAGGCUAAAGAUAUGCAUAGGAGCAGCAUGUGGAUUACACUUCCUUCACUCCGGAGUCAAGCGCACCAUCUUUCACCGUGACAUACAACCUUACAAGAUUUUACUGGAUAACAAUAUGGUGCCAAAACUCGCAGACUUAAGGUUUUCCUUGCAGGGACCUUUGUUUAAGUCAAAGCCAAAACCAAAGUCCAUAUUAAAUGAUAACUUCCUAGGUACACAUGGUUAUGUGGCCCCUGAGAUUUUACAAAACAAUGCAGUAACAGAUAGGUGUGACGUUUACUCCUUUGGUGUUGUUCUGCUAGAAGUGGUAUGCAGGAAAAAGCUAGAAAUUGUUAAGAGACAGAGGCAACCUGUGGAGGAGAACAUUGAUUCGGAUAUCGAAGGAAAGAUUGCAGAAGAGUGUUGGAAGGUUUAUGUGGAUGUUACAGAAAGAUGCUUGAGGCAUGAUCCAAAUGAGAGACCUUCAAUGGGUGAAGUAGAGGUGCAACUUGAGCUUGCAUUGUCACUGCAGGUAGAAGCAGAUAGCAGAUACACCAAUGGAGAUCCUUACACUCUAUCAUCUAAAACCAUUAUUGAUCCUCCACCAGAAAGAGGCACCAGUUUUGGCCAAAAAUAAGCUUGAUGGAAUCCCUGGAUAUAAGACUAAUUCUUGUGCAGUAUUUUUACUUUUCUAUUUUGUAUUGUGCAUAAGUAUAUCAAUAUUAUAUAAGGAUAUUAGACUUGUUAGAGAAUGAUGACAUAUUAUUAAAUAUAAGUAUAAAAUAUAUAUUCCUUUUGUUACAA